AUGGCUUCAAAUCCACAGGAUGGGCAACCGAUGCCCGGCGAUAAGACUCUGCAUGUCUGGUCGAAACCCAUAGAGCAAAACGAAGCUACCACAAUCAACGGCGAACAUGGAACGACACCGACGAAUAAUAGGCCAACUAUAUCAGAGGCCGUUUCUAUGAUCAAGAAGGAUGAUUUUGCCAAUGUUGCAAAUACUCCUUGUGCUCGACAGGGCUUCAUCACAGGAAUAGCAUCUGGUGCCGGUAUUGGAGGAUUGAGGUUUGUCCUCAAAGGGAACCCCGGUAGCGCUGCAAACUGGGCUGUUGGAAUGUUUGUUCUUGGAAGCAUGGCAUCAUACGAAUGGUGCCAGUACCUACGCCGCGAGGAACGUCGACAAAUGAAACGACACAUUGAGGUGGUGUCAGAGAAUAGGAGAGAGCAAGCAAGAAAGAUCCAAGAGGCAAGGCGUGAGCACGACAAACUGGAGGCUGAAAAGAAGGCUGCAGUAAAGCCAUGGUAUAAGGUCUGGUGA